AUGAAUAAUAUUUCAAUUUCAAAUUUUAAAGAUUCUUCAUCAAUUAUAUCAAUAGAAUCAGGUAUACAUAAUAUCAAUAAUAUCACUUUUAGUAAUUGUAUAGCAUCAACUUUAAUUAAACUAAAUAAUAAUAAUCAAUUAAAAUUAACGAUUAAUAGUAUUUAUCUAUUACAAAAUAGUUAUUUUACUCUAUUUAAACUUCUUGGCAAUAUUGAUUAUUUUAAUAUCUCAAAUAUUUAUACUUCAAAGUUCUCAACUAUCCAAUGUGAUAUUAAUCAACUUAUAUCAAUGCCUUCAAAUGAAUUAUUGAAACCCAGUAAUAUUUUCAUUUCAAACACAAGUUUCGAAUGUUUUGGUGCAUCUAUAUUUAACAAUGCCUCAGUAGAGUUUAAUAAUGUCGAAAUUAGAACAACAUUUAGAGACUCUUUUUACCAUAGUGUAAAUGAUGGCGAAAUUAGAUUUAAAUCAAGUUUCUUUAAAGUCAGCAAUAUAGAUGCUAGCAAUGAUAUGGGUUAUUUUAUUUUUUUAAACACAUCUUCUAUUUCUUUUGACAACUGUACAUUAAAAGAUUCAUCAUCAUCAUUCUUAUUUUCCCUCAAUUCUCAAAGUAUCAUUAUUAGAAAUUCCAAUUUUUCAAAAUUUAUGUCAAACAUCCAAGAGUUCCUUAUUUUAGUUGGUUAUAAAAAUUUAGAAAUAUCAAACUCUGAAUUUGUGGAUUAUAGUGGCCAAACAUUCUUAUAUAGCAAUUCUGGAAAUAGCUCUUUAAUAUCCUCCGUAAAAUUUACUGGUUUUUUUGUUGUAAAUAGAUUCGAGUAUACACUGAAUUCAAUUUAUUCAGAUUUUGAAAUAGAGGGUUUGAUCGUUAGUAAUUGCAUUGGAGGUGAAGAGUCUUUUUUUUUAUUUAGUUUUGGAAAUUUGGUAAUGUCCAAUUCAAUUUUCACUAAUAACCACGGCUCAGGAAUUUCUUCAUAUCUUUUAAUUAAUGAAAGAGUCGAAAUGUUUUCUUUUAAGUCCAAUAAUGUUCAACUUUCAAACAAUCAAUUCAUUAAUAAUGCAUUUUCUCCAAUAGUUUUUUUUUCAGAAUCAAAUGUUAUAAUCCAAGAUACAACCUAUUUAAAUAAUGUUGGAUCUUUUAUAUACGGAGAAACAGGAUCCAAACUCAUAAUAGAUGGCCUUGCAAUUAAAAAUAAUACCUCACCAAUUAAUUUUUUAUUAGCUCUUGAAAAUGCAGCAAAUGUUGAACUAAAUAAUAUUAUUUUAGAGAAUAACUAUUUCACCACCCCAAUAAUUUGUAUUACUGGUAAUGUAUCCGACGCCAAUCUCAUCUUAAAUAAUUUCAAAUUCAUAGGUAAUAAGGUUAUUGUUUUUUAUGGGGAGAAUCAAAGUUUUAAAAAGUACUUUUAUUUUUAUCCAGACACCUCUGUUGCUCAAAUUAUGACAGCAAAUAUCAAGAUUACUAUGAAUAAUGUUUUUAUUACAAAUAAUAUUUUUUCAAGUCAAAUGUUCAAUUUUAUAACGGAUAAACUCAAUAUAACAGGUGGAUCUUUUUCAAAUAACCAAUUUAUUCACCUCAGUGGCUUUAAAUUAAUCUACCUAACUGCAAGUGGAUCAGAUAGAUUAGUAAAGUUCCAAAAUACAAUAGUUAGUAAUAACUAUGACGAAACAGAUAUAUCAGAAACUUCCCUCAUAAUUUUAAACAACUGUUAUAAGCUAGAAAUUGAUUUUAGUGAGUUUUCAAAUAAUUAUUUUCCAAAUAGCAUAGGAUCUGUAUUUGGUGUUAGAAUUCGUGGUAUUUUUGGAAAAGUUGGUUACACAUAUAAUAUCAUAAUUCAAAAUUCAAAAUUUUUCAAUAACUCUGCACUAUAUGGGGGAGUAUUUUCACUCUCUCUUCAGAUAUUUGUAGAUGGUAGAAAAUUAACAAGCGAUAUCCGUUCAAAUAAUUUUACGGACAACUAUGCUUCCUAUAAUGGUGGGGUUUUCUAUUUUCCAUUCGAACAAUUUAACACCGAUUUCAUUCUUCAAAAAAACAAUUUCAAUAAUAACUUACUUCUUUUUGGUCCUAAUAAUUUUGGUGGUGCUCCAAGUUCCAUCAAGCCAGAUUUUUUUGAAGCAAAUGGUAUCGAAUUAUUAUUAAUUCAAUUUCUAAUUUUAGAUCAAAGCAAUAAUGUAAUGAUUGGAAUUGGUGGUUUAUUUACUGCAUCAGUUUCAAAAGGUGAUCCAGAUACCAAUAUUGAUCCAGUGGUGGAAUAUAUUAAUAUUAAUAUUGUGUCUGGUCAGGGUUCCUUUUAUUAUAGUUUCAAUAGUGCAUUUGGUUCCUAUUACUCUAUUCAACUACUCAACUUUACCGAUCUUAAUUCGAUUACAAUAAAAACAACAGGUUGUGGAACCUUUAGAUAUCCUACCAGAAAUACAUCAAGUACCUUUACCAAUUGUGAUUAUUGUCCAAUGGGUUCAGUUUAUAGUGAUUUGUUUUAUAAUUCUUCAAAUCCUGGUAGAUGUAUCAAAUGCGACCCAAAUGAAAUGGUGUGUCAAAAUUCAAAUGUUUACACUUUAGAUAACUAUUAUAUGGUAUCACCUUCUAAAAUCUACUCAUGUUCAUUAGAUAUGUGCUAUAAAAAAAAUACUUGCCAAUCAAGCUCAUCAGAUAUCACACUUAAAAUAAUUUACUCAUUGAUUCAACACUAUAAAAGAUAUAUUGAAAAAGAUUCAAAAUAUAAAUCAUUCUAUAAAAUAAAUAGCAUAGAAAAAGAUAUAAAGAGAAUUUUAAUUAAAAAUCAAACAAGUAACUUAAUCAAUCAAACUAAAUCACAAUGGAUACUAUUUCAAAUACUCUAUAUACCAAUUAUGUUUAAUAUAGCAUCAGUAAUAAUUUAUAAAGAACAAUUUAAAAUUUCAAAACAAAUCGAUCUUUUAGCUUUAGACUUUUCAGUUGAAUAUCUAGGUCCAGUUUUACACAAAAUAUUAUUUACUUUAUCAAUAUUUAUAUUUAUAAUAGUAUCAAUAGUUUUAAUAAUAAUAGCUUUAAAUUCAUCCAGUUUUAUAUAUUCUAGAAUCAAAUAUAAAAAUAAUAAAAUCGGUAGAAUAUGGAUAGAAUCAAAUUUAAUAGUUCAAAAAACCUUAUCAAAAUUAAAUUACAAGAGAAAAUACAGAUGGUGGGAUCUAAUUAUAAUAAUAAGAUCCAAUAUAUUUAUAAUAUUAUCAUUAAUAACGUUAUUUGGACAUCAUUAUUAUAUGAAUAUUGUAUUAUGGAUUCAAACUAUUUAUUCAACACUAUUCUUUAUAAUACAUCCAAUUAAAACCACCAAAUCAUUAUCAAGCGAAUCAAGAAUUAUAAAUCAAAUUAAUCUAUUCCAAAUAUUACUCUACACAAUAGCGCAGUCAGCACUGUUUAAAUCUAUAAAACCACAACAUAAAGUUAUGCGUUCAAUUGAUAAUUUUCUCAAUGACCACCCAGAUUUCAGUAUUAAAACGAUGUAUUAA